ACCCGAAUCAUUAGCAACCCAAGCUUGGAAUGCAAUCAGAGAUGAUGGUACUUCUAAUGAUAAGAAAUUUCUCGGUUUAACGGGACGUAAAGUGAAAAAUUCUCAGACUCGAGAUCAAUUCAAUCAGUGGAGAUAUGAGCGAAUUGCAAUGUAUAAAAGAUGUAAUAACCCAGAAAUGUUUAGUUUCUUUCAUAAUAGUAAAUAUGAAGAAUAUUAUAUUCCAUACGAUUGGAUAGGUAGAAAGAAAAACCAAUUACGAGGUAGAUUAUAUAAUCACGUUUUAAAUUUAUUAGGACAACAAGGAUACAGAGUAAUCAAUAGUAAGCAAUGGUAUGUAAUGCUAAAGUGGAUACAAAAUCCUGAAUUAUAUAUUAAUAAUAAAUACCCGCCAUUUACUAGAAUCGAAUAA